AGGUUCCAAAAGGCUGCUUUGUGGGUGUUCGAGUAGGAGAAGUUUUGAAACAGCGUCGACUGGAUUCCAGGUCAGCCAGCUACACAUUCCCAAAGCCAGAUACCAAAAUGAACGCAAAGAUCGACGUUUACCAGCACGUUGGGUCUGGAUCAGUCGUCAUCGAUCCGAAGUUUUUCACUACCGACGAGGUAUCCAUUCGCUGUCAUGACGUUUUGAUGCAGAACAUCAGGCUACAGGUCACCUCUCAAGUUGCACAAGCAUCUGCUGAGGAGCAGUGCCAGCGGCGACAAGCUGCUCAAGAAGAAAACAAGGAGUCUGCCCUGACUUACCUGACCGUGCAUGGUAUUGAGCAGACUCUCGCUGAAUCGGUUCGCAGGAUGCUGACGAUGCAGCCCGAGGUGCACAACUUGUGGGCGUUGCUUAAAGUAAUUGCUGCUGAACCAAGCCUACUUAGGGUCGGCACUCUUUCCUUCUGCGGCCCACAGCCCACACAAAAGUCGAGCGCAGGACCCCAUCGAGUUCCUCUGCAACCAAUUGAAGAACUCCAAGCCAAAGGCUUGUGCGACGUCCUGAGUUGUAGGAACAAGGAGUGGAUUUGUGCGGUGGGUUCAUUCAGCCACCGUGUUUUUCACACCACUCUCUUGUGGCAUUUUGAAUGGUUUCUAUCUGCUCUCAGAAUUAUGCAAACCUUGAUAGUCUACAGAGCGCCUUUUGCGUGCAAAUGCAGCUGUGACCGGCAGCCUUUGUGGAUGCAACAGUGAGAUCUCCACUCGACCGAACACAAGCCUUGUGCAACUAGAAGGAUCUAGAAGGGGCCCAUGUCGGACGAAGAACGCGGACGAGCAGUGAUCCAACUUCACAUGAUUGAAAGUGCCGAUUGAAGUUAGCUAGCGGAUGACUUUGAAUGCUGGUUCAGUUUGGUUCUUGAGACAUGUAAUCUAACGCCCCACUUGAAACGCAAACAACACAGAAAGGAACAUCACCCACCAAAUCCACCGGUCCUUGAUUGAAGCAACGAAACAGCAAAGGCGCUGGCCUCCCCGGA